UAAAAUAGAUGAAAUAUCAUCUAGGUGUAAGUUCCUGUUAAGUAGUACUACUAUUCCAGGAAGAUCCUCCUAGAGGGGAAAUCUCCUUUUUCAACCACUUUGAGACAAGUCAUCAGAAAUCGAAAAAGGUAUUGUAGAAACAACUACUAGAAACUGGAGAGGCUUCUUCCACAGCUAAUGUAGGACUGCAGUAUACAUGAAGUAUAAUAAGAUGGAAGUGUUGGAAUCACUAUUAAUGCCCUUCCUUCUCUCCAGGUGCUAUUUCAGCAGUCUGUGAUGGGAGAUGAGGCAGACAGUCACCUUUUCCUUCUAUGGAGGAUGUGAUAUCAGAAUACAGGUCAACUGAUUUUAAUUUGGAGGUCCUGGUUCUUUAUUCCUUAUUUGGCAGACAGCCACGGAAGUCAUAUCAGCAAUCACCAGUGUUAAUGGGCCUGCUUGCUGCUGCAGGAAAAUUGCAAGUGGAUUACAAGAUCAUGGAUGGAUCUAAAGGAACUUUUGUCAACGGUGAUGACAUACAGACUUCCAGUGACUUCUGACAGCAAUUAAUAGCUGCAUAAUUUUUGAUGGUUAAGAAAAAAACCCCAAACAUUCAAUGAUUGCCACAUGAGUUCCCCAAGGAUAAUGGAUCCUAAGAUGAGAGAGGCUGAAGGAGACGGAGAGGACAACUCAGGAAAGAAAAAAUCAAAGUUCAAGUCUUUCAAAAAGUUUUUUGGUAAAAAGAAAAGGAAAGAGACAUCAUCUUCUGUGAGCAGCACUCUGAAGUUGUGCCAGUCAACAAGUGAUGUCGCAGCCCCUCACGACAUGCGCAUUAGCUACGAUUCUGAAGAUGAACUUGAGACACAUAAAGGCAUUAUGGGAAGCAGAGCUUUGUCACAUGAUAGCAUUUUCAUCCUUGAGACUGGGCAAGAGCCUGCAAGGCCAGUAAGAGUGUUUUCUCAAGAAAACAUUUCUGACCGGAUUAGAGCUUUACAGCUGAAACUCCAGCCCACCAUGAAACUGGGGCCUCCGCCUCCAUUUGGACUUCAUGCAAAGCGAACAGAGGAUGCUGGGACAAGUUCUGAAGAUGAUGGAUUACCCAGGAGCCCUCCAGAAAUGUCUUUGCUUCAUGAAAACCUAAACUCAGGAGUGAGAACAAGAUUCUCUGACUCUCACAAGCACCUUAGCUCUUUGAGUUUAGCUGGAACAGGCAGUGAAGAAGAAGAACAGGUUACAUUGGGUUCUUCAUCUAGAUCUUGUUCUACAGAUGGUCAGCCGUUCACUAGGCAUGGAAGUACCAAAACUGGGUCUCCCCGGACAUCUGACAGUACCAUCUCCCCUACAGCCAAUUUUGACACACCACCUGAGCUUUCUGCUUUCUUGGAUAAUUCUGCUGCUAAACAUAAGCUUUUAAUAAAACCCCGGAACCAGAGAUCCAGCAGAAUGAGAAAAUUUUCUCAGAGGAUCCAGUCUGAAUCAUUGACAGAUUUGAGCUGUACCCCAGAGGAAGAGGAAGAGGAUGAUGCUGUAUUCAAACCCAGCAAUCAAGAACUGCCAUGCAGCACAGCUGCAACGCAGAAUGUGGCUUCCUGGCCAAAGCCCAGGAUGCCUGAGGACCUCCCCCCUGCUUUGAGACCAGUGAUGACUCAGCCUGCUUCCGAGUCUGCUGUUGGACAGGAAAACCUGCUACCAGAGAAUAAGCAGAAGGACUGCCAACCAACACUGGAAAUGACAUGUGAGGAGUCUGAGUCCUCAUUGCUGUCAGAAGGCAAAGACUCUGCACCUUCUUCCUAUUCCAGUUCCAACAGACAAGCACAAAAGCAAGAAGAUUCCUCAGAAACACUGGUUCUGUUGUCUGGGGAUGUGUCAAUCGAUAUUGUAAAUCAAGAAAAUAAGGAGCUUCCUACUGUGUUUCCAUUAAAUAAAUUACCUUCUGAAGAAAAUAUUUCAAUUAGUAAGAAUAGUAUUGUUUGCUUGGGAAGGUCAGAAGAAAAUAAACAGAAGGAUGAUCAGGUACCCGUGGAAAUGCCCUGUAAUAAAGGGGCUAACAAAGAGUUUACUCUAUUGUCAGAGUCCAGCAAGGAGUUUUUCAUGGGUUCUUCCCAGCCCACAGACUCAUUCCAUGUUUCACAUCCUGCUUCUUCAGUGCAGAUGGGAUCAUCUACUUUCAGCUCUCUAGAGAAAAUAAAGACUACACAGGAGGCAGCUGCUUCUGAUAAGAACAGCCAGCCACCUGUCCAUAAGGAGGAACAGCUGGGGAAGAAAGCUGAAAAAGCAGUCAAUGAACUCAAUGCCUUCAAAAAGUUUUCUGUUUCCUCUGCACGGGAGAGACCAAGAACCAGAAGUCUGCAUUUCCCAGAAAGAUCAGACUUGGAAAGCCCAUUAAAUACUGGAUUCUUCCUGUCCAAAGCAAAGGUCUCCUCAAGAAAUGAGAAGUGGCAAGACGACUUCCAGAAGGGAUCAGAUCUGGACAUGCAAAAAAGUAGCAACGAGAAGGAGACUCUACUGCCAGAGUCCUACUCUGAGAACACAGGCCAUCCUACAGAAAUUUUGGCCGGUUAUGUUUCCCCAGAUGGUGAUGCAGCACCAAUGCCAAGCAAUUCUUCAGUGGCAUCCCAGAAUCAGCCAAGUUGUAAAGACAAAGGUCCUUUUCAAGUGAAACUUAGAUCCAUCUCACUGUCCUUGAAAUAUGAGGACAACUCACCAUCAGAAUCAAAAGGGAUUAAAAGAUACAGCGCAGAAUUUGAUUUAGAAAAUGAGGGAUUGACUUCCUUUCUAAGGGGUGAUAAGGCAGAGAUCAGAAAAACAGCCAAUACAAAUACUGGUGAUUCUUUAAAUGAAAAGAUCAAGCCCAAGUCCAAGUCCUCUGAACAGCUUAGUAGCAAACCUCCAUUGCCUAAAAAGCCAGUGCUGCAAAGCAUAACCAUUCCAAACACUACAGCAAGCAAGGAGAAGCAGGACAAAGCUAUCCACUCUCCUGAAUCCAGAAAUGAAGACAGAGACUUGGAGAAACAGUCAACUGCUUGCAAAGUGCCUGAAAAAAACGUGCUUUCCCCUGUGGCUGCCGGAGACUUUGGAAGAGAUCCUGACACUCCUACAGAGCCAGCUUGGAUUUCCAUUGCAAGGCAGAAGCAGAGGGGCAUGCAUCAGGAGAAGGAAGUCGACAGAGAAAAGCUUGUGGCUCCAGAUAAGUCAAAUACAGAGAAACAGAAUAAAGGAAAGGAAAAACCAGAGGGGCCAGUGAAGCAACAAUGGAGCAAACCUUCACACUUGGCACCUAAAACUACUUCUGAAGAGCAGAAGAAAGACACAAAGUCUGAAGCGAAGUCCCUGCUGAGAACCAAUUCAUUGUCACAUUAUGUCCCUGCAGCUCCAUCACCCGCACUUGUGGAUAAGGAGGAAAUAAGCCACUUGAAGAAAGCCAGUAGUGCUGCUCCAGAUCAGCCAUCGUGGAUGGAGCUGGCCAAAAAGAAGUCUCAAGCUUGGAGUGAUAUGCCACAGAUUAUAAAAUAGAAUGAUGCAAACAAGUAGCAUCUUUUAUAAUUAAGUCAACUGCUUAACUGAACUCGUGCAGACCAGCUAAUCACAGUGAAGAGUCUCUUGAUAUGGAAGGGUUUUAUUGUACUGCUGAGGAGAAAGUGUGCAAUAGGUGCAGUCAAAAAGUUUACCUUCAAUUUUGUAGCAAUCAGAAUUGCAAUGGCAAUGGAUUACUUAAAUUAUGCUAAGGACAUACUUACACUUCGGAAAAUAAAACUUUUGCCUUAUGUAUUUCCUGCAUUUUCUGCUUUUAAUGAUGUUUGUAUUUAAACAGGAUCUUUGCUAAACUUUGCCGAAUUUCUGUUGUUGCUGGAAAAUUCUAUUUGUUAUGGUUGUCUCUGUUUACAGUUAUGAGCUGUGCACUUGCAUCCUGAUUCUCUUGAUGUGUUUCACUGGAAUCACAUGACAUGCUUUCUACCAAAGCUAUUAGGCCUGUGGAGGUAUUCCUGAAUAGCUGCUAGUGAGUACUCCAUUAAGAUGUGUGGCUUGAGCUGCAGGUGUGCCUAGCUAAGCCAGUGACUCCAUUUGGGAGAAAUUUGGAAGGCAAACAGGAGAGAAUAAGGCUGUUUUGGGGUUUAGGUUGCAUUUCGGGGGACACAAUAUGCACACUUAUGUGUGACCAUUAAAAAAAUUCCUCAGUUCUUUCUGUGAGCAACCUUGGUUGCACAGUGGUUUCAAACAGGCGAGCAGUAAGGAAACAGAACUGCAGUUGGAAUCUCAUCAAGACAUCUACAGUUGCUUUUCUACCUGGAUUCAUCUGGUUGCAACUGGCUUUCCUUCCUGUGAAACCUCAUGCCCAGUCAGGAGGAUGGUAUUAGUAACAAUGGUCAAUAUGAAUUUAAUUGAAAAUUAAGAACUGAAAAUCCUGCAGCUAAAGUUCAAACUGAAAUGCUGCGGGAAACUGUGAAUUUCAUCACAGUGCCAGCUUCACAUAUCAUCCUUCACAUAAUCCUAAUUCCUCUCACUAAAAGCCAGUAACAUACAGAUAGCAUGUGUGUACUUGACUACGUUUAUAGAACAGCCUCGUGCUCACUGGCCUGAGUCUCCCCCACCAGUCUGUGACUCCCACUCAUGAAGUCUCCCAGGCUCUUCACCUUCACUUGUUUAACAAGAUUGACAAGAUAAAUCAUUUACUGCUGAUUGACUGAAACUACUCUGAACAUAUUUUAAGACCACCGUAUAUGUUACAGUAGCAAAGGACAAACCCUGCGAUGCCCCACUGCUGAGACAAGCAUUUCAUCUUUUGUAUGCAUGGGUGCAAUCUUUUGAUUGCAUGCACUGCAAUGCCUAGGUUUAUUUAUGUUUAUAACAGUGGUUUUGUUUUUAUUAUCACAUUACAUUCUCUUUGGAAAAAUGUGGGGAGACUUUAGGAGGCAUAGGAUUUUCUAGCACCUGUGUCACAAUUUUGAAAUCUUGUCUUCUCUACAGAGGCAGAAAGGAAAACCCUCUCAGUAAUGACAACUGCAUUUAGUAACAAAUAAAGAAAUGGAGAGUUCAACACAUGAAUAUCCAAGAUGCUGUUAGAAGUUUUCACUCAGGUUGUCUUUCAUUGUUAGAAGCAGGGGGAGGAAAAGCUAGUUUUAUGUUUGUCAGAGCCUUAGGACAGAGCCAGUGAGCCUGCAUCGCUGUUGGGAUCAGCCAGCUUGGCUGCUGGCGUCCUGAAUGGGGCCGUGCACAGACCUGCUGCAGCCCCACACAGAGCUGGCAGUAGCCCCGACCCAAACAGGGCUCUGCCAGCUGUCCCAGGGUUUUCUCCUUCCUGCAGAUGGCAAAAGGCAGGGUGAGAUACCUGCUGAAAUCACAAAUGACAAGACAGCUCUCUGUCAAACAGACCCACAUCCAAAAUGGUAACUUAAUUAUAGGACGUGCAACCUUGGGCUCAAUUGCCCAAAGGCUGGCUGUUCAAAAGACUUUCACACUUCUCCCCCAUGAGCAAGCAUGCACAAUCCUUAAUCUCAAGCGGUAUUUUUUUUCUUUUUUUGGUAUUAAUAUUCUAGGACCUACAGUAGAAAUAGAUGUUUUUGAGAUACAAUAAAAACCAUCUUAACUCCCUCUCUUUUCAGAACACCCUUACUGAAAUAAAUAAUUAGCAUAAAGUGUCAUGUUAAGAUACGCUAUUACCUUCGGUAGCAAUCUUGGAAAAAACCCUACUUUCUCUAAUUAAGGAAUAUAACAUAUAAAAAAAGAUCAAAUUUGUACCCUCUAAUUAUUGCUGCCCCAUGAAAAGGUUUUCAGGAAAUGUAGUUAAAGGUACAUUAUGUCUUCAUACAAUUCCCUUCCUGUUUAAAACAAUUAAAACUGCAAGAGCCUUUGCAAUCAGCGGUCUUCUUCAUAUUCCCCCCCCUGCAAUGGCCCUGGACUUUGUGCAAGAGAAGCCACUUGGCUACUUGAACCUCUGAUAUGACAGCCAGAGGAAGUUUUAUUUUCUCACACCGUUGUUCUGUCUCCAGAUUUCUAAGACAAGGGGUCAUGCAAGCAGGACUUGCUAUAGGUGUCCUGCAGCAGGUAGGCAGAAAAUAGUUUUAGAACUCACGUAUUUUUCUUCAGUGAAAUGGCUCAUUUGUGGAAAUAGAAAGAUGCAAAUAAAAAUAAAUUUCUCUCCUCUGUACUACAGUGAGUUAUGUUUCACACUCGAUGCCACCAGAAAAGCCUUUCAGAUCUGAUCAGCUUUCCUGAGGACAUCAUUAUACUUUUCCAGCUGAGAGGCAAUAUGACUAACUCAGGCUGAUCCAUUUUGCUCAGGCAGCUGCAAUAUAUAUUGUUGGAAUAUAACAUCUAACAGGGAAAUAAAAUGUAAAAAUUCACCUUUUGUUCAUGACUCAUGCACAUAAACUAAAACAGAAUUGGAAUUACAGUCAAAGAACAACAACAAAAUGGACUUGAUAAAUAGAAGCUUCCUCUUCCAGAAGUGCUGCAUGAAACAUCUUUGGCUUCCUGUUUAAUGACCAAGGUGCCUUCGGAGCAGUGAAGGACCUCAGAUAAUGCAAAUGAAAUAAUCUUUCAGCACACCCCCCCUAAAUUUGAUGAUUUAUGCAGUAUACUAGUUGGAUUACCCUAGUCAGCUACCUCCUUACAAUGUUUAGUAAUGUAUGUAAAAAAAAAAAAAAAAUCAACUAAACGUUUUUAAAUGGACAGUGAAGUGCAAUUUUUUAAGGGAAAAAUAUCCCCUCAAAUAUAGUCUUUACUUUGAUAUGGUGUUUUGUACUCUGCUGCCUUUGACAAUAAAAAUGGUUGCAUUUUUUUUUCAAGAUGAAGAGGAACAUAAGAUCUUGUUGGUAGUGAAAAAAUCCAUCAGCAGCAUAGCAAGCAGCUUGCUGUAAUUUUGCAAUGCUAUUAAUUCUGUCUUAGUCUCAAGGAGCACAAUAAACUUGCCAAAAUUCUUGCUUUGUAUACAUGAUGAGCCCUCUGCUGUGGGUAACAAAGGUUUAAUUAUAGGAUUUUGUGUUUGUGGUUGGAAGAUAACUUUUGUACUCUCACAGAGUCAAAAAAAAAAAUCCUCCAAACAAAUCCAAUGUGAACACUGGGCAGUGCUGUGUGUCUGUAAAAGCCCCAGGGGGAAAUGUAACCUUGUGUGAUCCUGCACAAUGGGGCUGCAUGGGAUUAACUCUUGUAGAAGACAUUUCAGCUCCCGUGGGGCACAGGUCUCACUCAGGCUCAAGUACUCCCAAUGUUUGCCAAGAUGCUCAACAAGUGACAGAAACCACUGAGUUUUUGUAGCAUGGGCUCUUUUAUUGUCUGACUUCACAA